GGUCAACGGUUUUAUUUCUGUUGGUGGUUUAAAUGUCUCAACGGUUUUCUUUGUCGAGUCCUUUUAAGAGAUAAAUCAGCCGUUGAAUAUUGUGGCCCGACCAACACUCGCCCAGCUCUCGAAAAGACCAUGCUAUUUCCCGGAAUCGCGUCACACCCACGCAAAACUAGAGCAACAACGUACGUAGGUGAUGAGAAUCUUCCAAAGAAUGGGAGUCAGAAUUUUCGAGCCGGCCCAACGCGUAAGAUCAAACGGAGCAAGAAAUCAACGGAUAUGCUCAUGGAUGGCUUCAUUGAAAAAGAGGUGAAUGGCGAGGAAAACUGCGCAGUCCCAUUGACGACCCAAACCAGCAUGGAUCUACACAGGUUAACCAAGUUAGUGGAGUGCCCAGUGUGCUUGGGCGUUCCCAAGUCCGGAUUGAUGUACGUGUGCCAGAAUGGGCACAACGUGUGUUCCGGAUGUUGGAAGCGGAUCAUUCUUUGUCCUAUCGCCCGUUGUGCUUACGACAACCCCCAACCCCGGCAAAACCUCACAGUUCAGGCCUUGAUUGAAGUAGUGGACUUCGACUUCGCUUGUGAAUUUGCAAGCAAUGGCUGCGAAGUCACAGAGAAACGUGUCCUGAUUGAGGAACAUGAGGAAGAAUGUCCUUAUCGGCUGGUGCCGUGUCCAGAUGGAACCUGUACUUAUUUGAUUAAGGAGAAGGAAUUGGAACAUCAUUUGAAGGAGAAACACCAGAACGUGCGUUGGAUCACCACUGAGGGAAAAUACAACUUUCUGUUCACACUCACUACCAACCACAACUUGUCCAAAGAAAGUUGGGAAGCUUUAGCCUUACAGUGCCUUGAUCAAACUUUCUUCUUCCAAAUGCAACGACAUGGGGAUCUCUUCUACAUGUGGAACAUUGUUCAUGGGAACCGAGAGCUGGCAAAGAAAUACAAUUGUUCUGUCCAAAUCACUUCAAACCACAAUGAAUUGAAAACUUUGGAGGAUGUGUUUCCGGUGGACAUUCCACGAGAAGAAAUUUGGGAUGAUCCCAAUUGCUUUCAAAUCAAUGCUCGCCUUAUGAGAAACCUGGCUAUCGAGAGUGAUGGGCAUAAAACAAUCGAUAUGAAAAUAGUUUAUGCUGAAAAUAUGAGCAAUCCGGAUGGUAAAAACGCUAAUUGAAUAAAUGAUCUCAC